CUUAUGUUCAUGGAAAGAAUGUGACAGUAUAUUUCAACUAUAUCGACAUAGGUGGCGCCUGCAUACAUUAUUCAAGCUCGUUCUGCGAAUGAAUUAGCUCUGUCUUACUGAGUAGACUUUCUACAUAGCAGUGGAACUUAUUGACAGAGAUUAGUGUGGCAGUUGCUUCUUUCUGGUGGAUUGCCCAAAGUUGAAGGUUAGAAGACUUGGGUAGAUAAUGGCGACUGUACCAGUGAACCCAAAGCCAUUUUAAAAUAAUCUGACCGGAAAACCUGUUAUUGUGAAAUUAAAAUGGGGCAUGGAGUACAAAGGUUAUUUGGUGUCAGUUGAUUCCUAUAUGAAUCUGCAGUUAGCUAGCACUGAGGAGUAUGAUAAUGGGCAGUUCAAAGGCAACCUUGGAGAAGUUUUAAUCAGGUGCAACAAUGUACUAUAUUUGCGUGGUGUGCCUGAAGAUGAAGAUAUUGAAGAAUGAGUGCAGUCCUUAAAAAGGUGACUUUUAAGGAGUGUUUAUACUUUUUUGAAUUCCUGCCAAUGGCCAAGUCAUAUUCUGCACUAGAUGCUGCCGGGUGCAAUAAUAUUCAAUUAUUUCUUAGAAGUUCAAAAUAAAAAAAAAUCAAUUGUUUCAUCAAUUCUGUGUUGAUGCAUCGUCUGCAGCUCCAUUCCGGAUCAUAAUUGUCUGGUUUAUUGUAAGCGGGGAAUAUUUCAAUAAUUUGAGUUUAUUCUAGCUGGUUAGAGACGGUUAAAGGAAUAUGUAGAAAUCAAUUCACAAGAGCCCAAAAGAAUAUGUAGAAAUCAAUUCACUAAGAGCCCAAUAGUUUGACACCCCACAAUUAAUCAUGAGAUGAUUUUUACUUCA